AUGGGCUCGUCCAGUUUGAUUUUACUCUUCCUCUCCAUCUUCCUCUUCCUCGGAGUGAACAGGGGGCUCGCUACCCCUCUCACACCCAACCCACCUACGAUGGAGAGCACCACCAUCCCCAGUGAUCCCUGUGAGGGGAGACCCUGUCUGAAUGGGGGUGUGUGUACCCCCCUGACACAGUCUGAGCAGAACCUUCACACCCUGUCAGAGUCCUGGGCUUACACCUGCAGCUGCAGCUCUGCCUUCACCGGACGCAAUUGUGAGUUCUUUGCAGAUCCCUGUUCUAGCAGCCCCUGUCUCCAUGGCAACUGUAGUCAUAGUGAUGAGGGUGAGGGCUUCAUCUGUGAGUGCAGUGAGGGAUUUGGAGGUGAGAGGUGUGACCAAGCCAUUUUUGACCUCGCUGAGCCCAGCUGGGAUCUAGCAGAGAGCCCUGCCCCUGAACAUGCCACUCCAGCUACUCCUGCAACUGCCACUCAACCCUCUCAGCCAACCACCAUCCCCACUACCACAGAAGCCCCACCCACACUGCAGCCAUGGCAACCCAAACCUGGGCAGAGAGUUGCGGAGGUUGAGUGGGAGGAAGAACAGGUCACUGAGGGAUCAGACUGCGUGACUUCUGCUGGCAGUGAGACGUUCAGAAUGAUGACUGUUUCUAUGGAGGUUGCUGAGGAAACUGCUGUCAAGCUACUGGUGAACGUGAGUGGGGCUCCAGUAUUAUGGCGUGUAGGUAAUGCUGGCUUUCAGCAGUGCUCCGUGGCAGACGGCACCAUCAUCUGGUUCCAGCAGGCUGCAGACGGACUUGUCGUCCCUGACCAGUCCCUCCCUCUCGGUCACAACUACUUCAUCAGUGUGUUGCAUUUUGGUGCCCCUGUUGGCCUGGAGGUCACAUUGCGCCUUCAUCUCACAGUGAAGGCCAGCAGCUGUGUGGAGCCGGGCAGUCGCUUCAGUGACCCACAGUGCUCUGGGAAAGGAAAAUGCAUCACUCAACCAUCAGUGAGUACAUUUUACUGCCAGUGUGAGGAGGGCUAUUCUGGAAUCUUCUGCGAGGAGUAUGAUGCAUGCCACCUGAGACCCUGCGACAACAACGGCACCUGCAGUGAUCUGAAACAGGGAGACGACGGUCGCAACUACACCUGUUCCUGCUUGCCAGGUUUUGAGGGAGAUCGGUGCCAGACUCUGGUGGAUCAUUGUCUCUCUGAGCCCUGCAGGAAUGGAGCCUCCUGUACCAGCACCCUGGACGGACCACACUGCUUCUGCCCAGAGGGGUACCAGGGCAGUUUGUGUGAACAGAAAGUGGAUCCCUGUGCCUCCAGUCCAUGUCAGAAUAAUGGGACCUGCUACCCUCAGGGUACAGGCCUCGGCUUUGGCUGCUCAUGCACCUCUGGCUUCACCGGGCCAACCUGUGCCCAGCUAGUGGACUUCUGUGCCCUGAACCCGUGUGCCCAUGGCAUCUGCCGCAGUGUGGGCACCAGCUACAGGUGUCUCUGUGUGCCAGGUUAUCACGGUUUGUAUUGUGAGGAGGAGUAUAAUGAGUGUCUUUCUGCUCCGUGUCAGAACUACGCCACCUGCAGGGACCUCAUCAAUGCCUAUGAGUGUGUGUGCGCACCACAAUAUGAAGGACGUCACUGUGAGAUAUAUAAGGAUCCAUGUCUGAAGGUUCACUGUGAGAAUGGUGGACGCUGUGAGAGUGGAGGGAGAAAUGCAUCCUGUGUGUGCCCACAGGGAUAUGUGGGUGAAAACUGCGAGGUUGAUGUAAAUGAAUGUGAAAGCAACCCCUGUCAUCAUGGUGGCACCUGCAUCGACCAAUCAAAUGGCUACACUUGUCACUGCCCACCUGGAUGGGUAGGAGGGAGUUGUGAAAUCCACCUUCAGUGGAAGAUGGCUCACCCAGUGGACACUCUCACUAACAUGCCGCGUCACUCCCUCUACAUCAUCAUUGGAGCUCUGUGUGUGGCCUUUGUCCUUAUGCUCAUCAUCCUCAUCGUGGGAAUCUGCCGCAUCAGUCGGAUUGAGUAUCAGGGCUCAUCUCGCCAUGCCUACCAAGAGUUCUAUAACUGCCGCAGCAUAGACAGCGACUUCAGCAAUGCCAUAGCAUCCAUACGUCAUGCUAGGUUUGGGAAAAAAUCCAGACCUGCCAUGUACGAUGCCACGCCAAUCACCUACGAAGACUACAGCGCCGAUGACAAGCCCCUCGUGACCCUCAUCAAAACUAAAGAUUUAUAA